AUGAUGACAGGGCGAGAACAUGAAAGUGAAAGAGUCCAGACUUUUGGCUGCCCAAGCUGUCGCAGAGGUCUCAAUAACAGGGAAAUGCCAUCGCGUCACUCACCCAAACAGCUCUUGCUCAACACUGGUGCUGAAGUGAGUGUUCCACCGUUCCUCGAGAGGCAUCGACCUCGCCCAACCCACCCCAGAUUUUGUAGUUGCAGCGAUAUCCUUGGCAUGUGUAAGAGAUGA